CCAACUCGUCAAGCUUCGAUCGUUGGGUUUCCUCUUCAAUAAUCAAUGUUUGCCAAUCGAUUUAUCGUCCAACGACUGCAGCAGGUUUGCUCUAACGGAAGGCUAAGAGCCGAGGGUCCCUCUUGGAGCUCGACAAAUCGCCAUCCAUCCUCAUCGCUUCGAAUUACACUGGCUCGACAUGUUGCCACGGGAUCUGAAGUCAAAAGUUGCCCCGAAGCUGGAUCCAGUUCAUCAUCGGCAUCAACGAUCAGGUCCUAUCCGUUCUCAGAAGCCGUAACCUCCUCACCCGAACAUAUUCCAUACGAUCAAAAACUGGGCUUGAUGGGGAAUGUCGAAAAGAAGCUGAUUUCGAGCUGCGUCAAUCAGGAGUUCCACAACUUGUUUCGGAAGAACCAUCCGGACUCAAUCCGACCGUUGUCAGUCGUCAAAGUAGAAUCAUAUACCAACGCAGCAAGAACGAGCUCGAAUGUGUUCACCGGGAUCUUGAUGGCUGUCAGAAGGCGAGGCACAGAAACUAGCUUCCGGUUGAGGACGAUCUUGGAAAGAGUCGGAGUCGAGAUGAAAUUCAACGUCUUUAGUCCGGUCAUCAAGAAUAUCACCGUCAUCAAACGUGCUGGCGAUCUGACGGGUGCGAUCAACGGCAAACCUGUGAUCAGAAAACCAAGGAGAGCAAAACUAUUCUAUCUACGUGAUCAUCCUCAAAAGAUGCCAGAUAUUCGAAAAAUAUCCAAAGCAGUCAUUGCCGCCCAGAAUAGAGAAGGAGCCGAUCAAUAGAGUGUUACCUAGUAUUAUACAUGUCAAAUAUUAACUCGUUCACCAUGAAAGAUCAUCUUAUCAUUCUAAAGAACUUUCCAAGUCAGUUGAUGGAAACUUUCUCAGAAAAACAGCUUCAAGUGAAAGUAGUAGGAGAUGAGCACUCAGCUGCACCUCAAUAUUCCUGUGAAUCAACAUUGCUAGUGAUCUAGUGCACAUUGCCAGUGAUUUACUGCUUCCUCUACAAUAACACUACAGUUUUGAAAGAUGCAACAAAUGGA